CCACCCGACCAACGAUGUCGUCUCGAAACACCCAAUACCAGCAAUUCCAACCCCCACCACCCAUUCGCACGGCAACGGCCGGUUCAGAAAAAUCACACUCUUCCAUGACUUCUGCCGAAGCCCUCUCCCCUCGUUCACCCUUCUCGCCCGGUAUGAACUCACCCACAACUCCCGCUGGCGAGUCCUUCUUUGGUGCGAUCACCUCGAGGAUGCGUGGAAGGUCACGCAGCCGUUCGCGCGCAGAGGCAUCCCGCAAACGUUCCAAGUCCCCGAUGGUGAUGCCGCCUGAGCGACUCCCAUCCACGACCACCAAAACACAAAUCGCCAGCCCAACAACGCCCACUACGCGGCGGCCACAACAAUCACGUCAUGUUUCGACUUCCAGUCAAACUUCCUUCUCUUCAACUACUUCCAGCCAGAACCGGCCAAGCAUGACCGGCGCGUCAAGGCGUAGUACGGGAAGCAGUGAUAUGUGGCAGGGGCGCCAUUCCAAUUCCUGGCUGUUCAACGACUUCUCGGUGACCGAACAGGCGAGAGACAUCUUUCAUCGCAGGCGCAAGUAA